CCGCCCUCCUCCCGACCCUGUGACGCGCUUGCGCCGGCCGAGAGGGUCCUGGGAUAGGGAUGGAGACGCCCAGUGCUUCAGCCCGGGAUGUGUUGCUCCCGGUCGCGUCCGGGUCCCGGCGGAAGCGCGCGGCCGGGGAGGCCAGGGCUGCGACGAGCAAGCAGCGGGUCCUGGACGAGGAAGAGUACAUCGAGGGCCUACAGGCGGUCAUCCAGAGGGACUUCUUUCCCGAUGUGGAGAAGCUGCAGGCACAGAAGGAGUACUUGGAGGCUGAGGAGAAUGGAGACCUGGAACGGAUGCGCCAGAUUGCCAUCAAGUUUGGCUCUGAUCUGGGCAAGAUGUCCCGAGAGCCCCCACCGCCCUAUGUGACUCCAGCCACGUUUGAAACCCCUGAGGUGCACACAGGCGCUGGAGUGGUGGGCAAUAAGCCCCGAGGCCGGGGCCGAGGCCUGGAGGAUGGUGACGGAGAGGCUGGUGAGGAGGAAGAGAAGGAGCCCCUGCCCAGCCUGGAUGUCUUCCUGAGCCGGUACACAAGCGAGGACAACGCCUCCUUCCAGGAGAUCAUGGAGGUGGCCAAGGAGAAGAGUCGGGCACGCCACGCCUGGCUCUACCAGGCCGAGGAGGAGUUUGAGAAGAGGCAGAAAGAUAAUCUUGCACUCCCGUCAGCAGAGCACCAAGCCAUCGGGAGCGGCCAGGCUGGCGUGGAGACCUGGAAGUACAAGGCCAAGAACUCCCUCAUGUACUACCCAGAGGGCGUCCCUGAUGAAGAGCAGCUGUUUAAGAAGCCCCGGC